CAAAUACAUGAACAGUAGCCAGGAUGUUCAUUAUUACAUUUUUGCACUGGAUAGCAGACUAUCUGCUGUCUUUGGUCAAGAUGGUCCAAAAUAGAGAGGUUGGAUGGAUCACCAUAGAGCGCAAGACCGGUAAACACAUGCGGGAACAGCAGCCGCUGUGGAAGAAGCUUAAGCUGCUUCUCUUAUUCAACCCGUUAACAGAAUGGCUGGAUACCACUCACCUGAUGCGAUUAUACUUGCAUCAUACUGCCGUUGAAGAAGCGUUGACCCCUGCAGGCAAACAAGAAGCCACCCCUGCAUCUCGGAAACGCAUCAAGGCCUUUGUUGACUUCUACCACAUCAACAUGAACGACUUCACCCCUUCCGACAUAACAGCCUAUGCAACAUUUGAGGACUUCUUCGUACGUGCCCACAAGCCCGGCUCACGCCCAAUCUACCGUAAAGACGACCCUACGGCUGCAGUGAUAGUUGCCGACUCGCGCGUCGUUGCCUACGAAGCCGUAGCCGAGAGCAAGAAGAUAUGGAUCAAGGGGAAUGAUUUCUCUAUCACGAAUCUGGUAAUGGAUAAGCAAUUGGGCCCGAAGUUCGCGGAUGGCCCGGUGGCGAGUUUUCGGUUGUCGCCGCAGGAUUAUCAUCGGUACCAUAGUCCGGUUUCGGGGACCAUUAAGCAGUUUCGAAGCAUGCCGGGUGACUAUUAUGAGGUAGAUCCGAUAGCGCUGCAGAGUCAGGUGGACAUCUUAACGAGGAAUGCGAGGGAUUAUGUGGUUAUUGAAACGAAGGAGUUUGGGGAAGUGCUUUUUGUGGCUAUUGGGGCUUCGCAGGUGGGGACAGUUAGUAGGAUUCAUCCGCAGUAUCAGCAAUCGGGGACUCAGAUACACAAGGGUGAUGAGCUUGGGAUCUUCCAGUUUGGAGGGUCGUCCAUUAUUGUGGCAUUCCAGAAGGGUCGUAUACAGUUUGAUGAGGACAUUCUGAAAGCGAGUAAGAACGCCAUUGCUGUUGAUGUUGAAGUGGGGAUGAGUCUGGGUCGGGCUGUCGGUGAGAAGGUACAUGACGAGCUAUAGUAUCAGUUAGUGGCUAGUGGAUGCCAUGCUGGAAGCAG